GGCAGCAGACAUGGACUCCACGAACCUGGAACCUUCCCUAUACACAGUUAAAGCUGUUUUUAUACUUGAUAAUGAUGGAAACAGACUUCUGUCAAAGUACUAUGACCCUGAAUUAUACCCGUCCAUGAAGGAGCAGAAAAACUUUGAGAGCAACGUUUUCAGCAAAACUCACAAAGCAGACAAUGAGAUUGCUUUCUUGGAAGGGAUGACUAUCGUGUAUAAGAGCAGUAUAGAUCUUUUCUUCUAUGUUGUGGGAAGUGCACAGGAAAAUGAGCUGAUGCUGAUGUCGGUACUGAAUUGUUUGUUCGACUCCCUCAGCCAUAUCCUCAGGAAAAAUGUGGAGCGGAGGUGUUUACUAGACAACAUGGAAGGAGUGUUUCUUGUUGUGGAUGAAAUCAUUGAUGGGGGGGUGAUUUUGGAGAGUGACCCCCAGCAGGUCCUACAGAAAGUCAACUACAGGGCUGAUGAGAACCCAUUAACUGAACAAAGUGUGGCUCAGCACCUCACAGAGAAACUGGCUCUGACUACUAAUGUGUUGCAGUCGGCUAAAGAACAGAUCAAAUGGUCCAUACUGAAAUGAUUGGAGGAGGGGGGAACAAAUGUUGUGCAGAAUU